AUGGCUAAUUUCACUACAAUGAGUGGAUUUCUUCUCAUGGGUUUUUCUGGCAAGCCUGAAAUAGAAAUGCUAUUUGCUGCUCUUUUCUUAGUCUUAGUGGCUCUAGUUGGCAAUAUUCUCAUUAUUACCACCACUUCCAUGGAUCACAGUCUCUCCUCACCUAUGUAUUUCUUCUUGAAACAUCUCUCCUUCCUGGAUCUGUGCUACAUUUCUGUGAUGGUCCCCAGGUCCAUUUGCAACUCUUUCAUGCAUAAUGGCUAUAUUUCCCUCUGGGAAUGCAUACUGCAGUGUUUUGCAUUCACUCUCUGUGGCUGUGCUGAGAUAGCAUUACUCACAGUGAUGUCUUAUGACCGUUAUGUGGCCAUUUGCCUUCCACUGUGCUAUGAAGUCAUCAUGGAUAUCAGUACCUGUGUUCAUGGAGUGUUAGCCGUCUGGACCAGUGGAAUCCUUGGUGGAGUCAUGCACACAGCCGCUACUUUCUCCAUCCACUUCUAUGGUGCCAACAUCAUUCAUCAAUUCUUCUGUGAUGUCCCCCAGCUUCUGAAACUCUCUUGUUCCAAUGAAUAUGUGGGUGAGCUUGGGGUUAGUGGCUUCUUUUCCUUGGUGGCAUUUGUUUGCUUCAUCUCUAUUGGAGUCACCUACAUGCAUAUAUUCUCUACUGUGCUGAGGAUACCAUCUGCUGAGGGCAGAGCCAGAGCCUUUUCUACCAUAUUUCUACCAUAUUUACUCAUAAUAGUAUUGACAGGCAUUUAA